CUAGAGUUCCCAAUUUUGCUUCAUUUUCUACGUAGCUGGGCCAUGAUGACGUAAGGCCUUCCUGCCUUCCAUGCUUUUCCGAUGGGUCACGGCCCACUUCUCUUCGUCGGCCCAGUAUCGUCCCUUUCCUCCCACCUCCGCGCCGCCCAGUGCCUCGCCGCCCUCGCCGCGAGAACCCCCACCACCGCCGCUCCGCUCGCCGGCGAGCUGCCGGGGAACUCCGGCGAGGAGGAGGAGGACGAGGGGUAGCGGAGACGACGUGGAUGUCCGCCGCGGGAUACCGGUACCAGGCGCUCAAGGAAGCCCUAGCCGCCGCCAUCUCCGGCCACGACCUCGCCCGCCACCACGCCGCCGCCGACCACCGCAGGCCGCACGCGCUCGCCGUCGUAGCAGGGCUCGCCUCCAACGGCUACGUCGCGUCCCUCCUCGUCUCCCGCUACUUCCGCCUCGGGGACGCCGGCGCCGCCCGCAAUGUGUUCGACGCCGCGGCGACGGCGGCGGCGCCGCAGAAGGCGCUCCUCUACAAUGCCAUGCUCCGCGGGUACCUCGCGGGUGGCCUCCCGCGGAUGGCGGUGGGGAUCUUCGGGGAGAUGGCGGCGGCGGCGUGCCUUCCCGACCGCCACACGUACCACCUCGCCGUGGCGGCGUGCGCGCGGGCGUCGGAGUUCGAGGUCGGCUGGCGUAUCGGGGCGGAGGCCGCUGCGAAAGGGUUCGCGUCCGACCUCCUCGUCGCGACGGCGCUGAUCGGGAUGUAUGCUGAAGCUGGGGAUAUGGGCGCCGCUCGUAAGGUGUUCGAUGGAAUGCCACAGCGGGAUGCUGUGGCGUGGAAUGCGGUGAUUGCUGGCUAUGCACGUGGAGGACAUCUGCGCGAGGUCGUCGAGCUGUUUAUGAGGAUGAGGUCUGUGGAUGUUGUGCUCCCGACUGAGGCGACACUGGUGACCCUAGUUUCUGGUUAUGCAGGUUUUGGUUCCUGGGAGGGCCGUGGUAUGAUGCACACCAUUGUAAUCAAGCUUGGCUUCCAGCUUAAUCUCUUUGUUUCCAAUGCUCUCCUUGAUCUGUAUGUCGAGUUUGGCUGUUUGAGAGAGGCUGUGAUGUUGUUUCGUCAGAUGGCGGUGAAAGAUUCUGUCACUUGGAGUGCAAUGAUUGGUGGGCUUGUUCGGAAUGGAAGACCGGAUUCCGCUCUUAAGCUAUUCCGUUGGAUGGUGACAAACUCGACAGUUUUGGUCACUAGGUCUAUUUUGCUCAAUGUGAUUAUGGCCUGCGCUGAGUUGGGGGAGUGGAGAGAAGGAAAAUGGGUUGAAGAGAACUAUGUGUGCUGCAAUGGUUUUGAAUUCAAGAGAGAUCCAUCUGUGGUAACAGCGUUAAUAUACAUGUAUGCAAAGUGCGGAAUGUUAGAUUCAUCAGUCAGUCUUCUAUAUGGGGUUGCAGAAGUUAGAGAUGAUGUAUUUGCAUGGAACGCUAUGAUCAAAGGGUGUGGAGAGCUUGGACUAGUGGAAAAGGCAGUUGGAUUUGUAGUAGAAAUGCAGAAGAUAGGCGUUGAUCCAGAUGCUAUUACAUACUUGGAGAUCCUACCUAUGAUCUCAUCAAUUCCAUCACUGAAAACAGGGAUGGAAGCACACGCUCAGAUUGUCAGAAGAGGUUUCCUGAAUGAAAGGGCAAUUGCUAACUCACUUGUUAGCAUGUAUGGUCGAUGCGGGAGCCUUAGGCAUUCAAUUGAAGUCUUUAGCAGGAUUGUGGUCAAGGAUGUAAUCUCUUGGACGUCUAUGAUGCAGGUAUAUGCGUGGAAUGGACAUGUUAAUGAAGUUGUUAAACUUUAUGAGGUGAUGAAGAAAACAGAAACAGAACCAAACCACUACACUUUUCUUGCUGUACUAUCUGCAUGUAAAAACACAGGUCUUGUUGAGGAAGGAAUGGAAUUGAUCAAGUACAUGCAAGAGAAGUGUGGCCUAAAACCAGAAAUUGAGCAUAUUUCUUGUGUUGUUGAUAUGCUCUGCCGUGCAGGACGUUUGACUGAUGCAUACCACCUUAUUAAAUAUAAUAAUUCUGAACACAUUAACAAUACAAUAUUGUGGGGGACGCUGCUAAGCGCUUCCCGUUCAUGUGGAGAUUUGGUGAUCGGAGAAGCAGCAGCCAAACAUCUCUUAUCUCUUGAUCCAGAAAAUAGGGCCAACUCUAAGAUGCUUGCUGAUAUUUAUGUCUUGCUUGGGAGAAGGGAUGACGCUGACAAUCUCCUAAGAGUAUCGAUGACAAGAGGAUUGGACAUAAAACCAGGCUGCAGCUGGAUGGAAGGUGUCUAACUGUCUAAAGCUUGCAAAUUGCAAUACAUGUAGAAGAUCAGAUGGAGCAAUUCACACCAUGAUUCUGCUUUGCGACGCCUGCAUAUACACGAAGUAAAAAGUAUGAAUAUAGAGGAGUGUUGAUUGAAUCCAUGAAGGUGCCUCAGUGCGGAAUUCCUUACAUUUUGUCCGGAAGCAUGGCUGCUUCAAUGCAGGGUCAUCUUCAGGAGGUUGCUGUCCAAAUAUCAUCUCACAGCUCAUGUCUUCAAAAUCUGAAGAAUAAAUAUAUAGUUGAUGCUUUCCUGAUGAAUCAGAGCAGAGGAAGCUUACUGGGAGACAUGUAGACCUUCAUGCCAAGUGAAUCUUGGAUGAACUUCUGGCAUGGAAUCUUGCAAAGAAUGAUCACUCAGAAGACAAGUUAUCCAUACAAGGGCAUUUAUUCCAUACUUUAUAUGAUAUUUGCACCACAAAUGCUUCGUACAACUACUUUAAACAAUGGCUACCUUCAGCAGAGGCACAAUCAUGAAUUCAUUCUUGUGAAGACGCACUAAUCAGGUAUCAGGCAGCUAUUCCUUUCUGAACUGAAGUAACAAAAGGAGGAACUGUGUAUGUAAUAUAUACCUCACACGGCCCAACCAACCAAGGAAAAAAUAUCGUGGUGAAUGCAGCAAAGUACUCCCUGGAAAAUCUUGAAGGUGGCAUCAUCACCUUGAUCUGCCGACAGAAUUCUCAAUCAAAGUUGAGGUAAGAAAUAAAAGAAGAGAACUUUUAAAGUUUCCUCCCUUUACAGAAGUUCUGUAUUUUCCUCAAAAAAAAAAGAGAGAAUAAAUGCUGAAUUUUACUUCCUGUUCAAAUAAAAAAAAGUUUUAGGUUUUUUAAAUUUCAAUAAUUCAUACAUGAUUGCCAAUUGUCAUGGAUUAUGGUACUUACCAUUGUGAGGAUGUAGCUUGGAAGUGCUCUUUCAAGAGCUUGGGUCACAAUCUCGCUUUGUUUAUCCAGACUGAAGAUUCUUGAGAUGGCUAGGGCGGCAUCUAUCAGGCUCUCGUAGCCAUCCUUUUCAUUCUUUAGCCCUGCAUUACAUUGCAUGCAUGUUCGUGUCAGUCAGCAAGUGCUACAAGUUCCUUUCAGGGAAUCAACCUUUGCAGUUAAUUUGCACCUGAACAACACCAAAAAAAAACUCAGGACUAGUGAACAUCGGUUUCCUGUAUGCUUUCAAGUUUCUCUUAUAUGCUUAAUUACCCAUACUAGAAAAGUAGCAUUCUGUGUCUGUUGGGAACUUUUCUGGUUUGUCUGUAUGAUUGACUUUGCUAAACAUGUAAGAGAGCCAAGGAGGUGACGGAUGUAGUGGAUGCUACAGUGUUAAUGAAGUCCAAACAGUCCUGUAAAUAUAA